GAUUUCAUCGGCUCUCAACGACAUUGCGAAUGUGUUACUGUGAGCAAGAGUUGAGUUACAGGAAGUUCAUUAAGGUUCUUUCGAUUGUACCACACGCUUGCAGCGCCAUUUUGGAAAUCGGCUUGGCUUCAGUAAAAGAAAUUACAAACUCAACAAAUACAAAGAAACCUUCAAAUUUUCAUCAUGCAGAGAGACGAACCUGGUAAAAUUUUCAUUGGCGGCUUGAGCUGGAACACCGAUGCAGAUGCCUUGAAAACAUACUUCUGCUCUUAUGGAGAAGUGGUUGAUUGUGUAGUAAUGAAGAACCCACAGACUGGCAAGUCUCGUGGGUUUGGUUUUGUCACAUUCAAAGACCCAAGUGUUCUUGAGGUUGUAUUGCCAGAAAAACACAAGAUUGAUAACAGAAUGGUUGAUGCCAAACCAUGUAAUGCCAAGCAGGGCGGAGGGGGUGGAGGUGGAGGAGGAGGAGGACGUGGAGGAGGACCAGGAGGAUCAUACGGUGGUCGCGGUGGUGGCGGUGGCGGCCGUGGAGGGUAUGGGGGUCAUGGACAUGGUGGAGGUGAUAGUCGCGGUGGAAUGCAAGGAAAAACAAACAAGAUCUUUCUUGGUGGCAUUCCAAAUGAAGCUAAUGAAGACAGUCUCAGAAACUACUUCAGUCAGUUUGGAAGUGUGACAGAUGUGACGAUAAUGUAUGAUCAAGAAAAAGGCCGUUCUCGAGGCUUUGGGUUUUUGACAUUCGAGAGAGAAGACAGCGUUGAAUUGGUGUGUGGAGAUCAAUUUCAUAUUGUGGACGGGAAGAAGAUUGAAUGUAAACGUGCAGAGCCCCGCCAGGGUCGUGAUGGUGGUGGCGGUGGUGGAGGAAGGGGGCGUGGACGUGGUCCACCUGGACAUAUGAUGGGGGGAGGUCCUCCUCAGUUUGCCCCUCCCCAGGGACCUGAUAGUUGGGGUCAGGGAGGAAACAACUUCCCACCUCAAGGAGGUCCUCCCGGGGGCCCACCUGGCUACGGAUCCAAUGGGCAAGGUUAUGGAGGUGGCUAUCAAGGCUACCAGCAGCAAGGUGGAGGAUAUCAAGGACAGCAAGUGGCAUGGCCUAUGACUGGUGGUUAUGGAGCCACACCGCCAGCUCCAGGCCAGGGUGCUCCUGGGGCCACCCAGUCCCCUACCCCUGGGGCGGCACCAGCUGCACCUCCACCUUACAAUCAGUGGGCUUCCCCUCCCCCGGGGCAGCAGCCCCCUCCACAACAGCCACCACCGCAGGCACCACCACCACAGCAGCAGCAACAGCAACCCCAGCCCCCUACCCCGGCCCCAGGCUAUGCAGGUUACCCACCUCAGGCUCCUGGGGGGCCAAGUUAUGGGGGUGUACCCACCAGUCCCUCUCAAGCCCCACCCCCCAGACAGCCUGGGGCACCACCAGCUCAGCAGACAUAUGCCGACUUCAACCAAGCUGCUCCAGUGCCAGCUGUAGCACAAAGUUACCAAGGUUACGGUGGUGCCUAUAGCAAUGGUCAAGCUCAAGCUGCCCCUGUAGUAGAUCCAUAUGCUCAACAGACUCAGCAGUCACCAGCUAUGGGACAGUAUGCUCAGGAUGCCAGCAACUAUGGCCCCAGUCGGACAUAUGGACAGACAGCAACAGCAGGUGCCCCUGCAGGUGGAGCAUACAGUCAGCUAGCCUCAUAUGCCCAGCCCACAAGUCAAGCCGCAGUGUACAGUGACCCAAGUGGCUAUGGAGCUGCUGGAGCGGCCGCCACACAGCAGGUAGCAUAUGGCAGCCCACCAGACCCUCAGCAGGCGAGCUAUGCUGGCUAUGGUGCUCAAAGGCAGUCAGGAGGCAGUCAGCAGGCAUACCACCCCUACCGGCGAUAAACAUUAAGACUGCCUUAUCAAUCAUUGUGUGUGGGAGAGCGUGAGGACUGACAACAAGCAAUUUUAUUAUUUGUCACAUCAGUAGCAUUCAUUCAUUGUUGUAUUCAUGAUUGUUUUAAUUGAUACUAUCUUGAAGUUGUCCAAAUUGAGUUGUAAAUUAUUUGUGAAUUUAAUGUAAGAACUUCAAUCAUGUUUAUAGUUGAGGUAUGUUCCAGGUUAAGACAAGAUUAAGUACAAUAGACUGUGCCAAACCAUUCAUUUCAUCUCACAAAUUUAUCAUCUUUACUGAAUAGAAUUAGACUAAUUAUUCAAUUAGGACUUAUUUUUGGCAAAUGUGUGAGAUUAUUAAUUUGUACCUUCUCCUUGAGUAAAAUGUAUUGCAUUUGUGGGUAUCUCAACUAUUUACACAUGUCAAGAGGUUAAGCCACAGAACAUUUUCAUCUAGGAUCGGUCUCCCAGUUUUUGAUGUUCAGAAUCUCUGUCAGUCUUGUUGAGAUAAUUGAUAAGGUUUACCAUGUAAUUAUUUCACAAAUUUUAUCAUAAAUGAUUGAGCAGAAAAUGUUGAGCGUAUCCAUUUAUGACAAUUUCAGUUCUUGUUUUUUGUACAUAGUCAUGCCAUUGCUCAUCAUUCUGCUAAAUAAACAUUUUAUUGUCAUGGA